CUCACACCUGAAAUAUCACAGCUUAAACCUAUUUAUUCCUUUUUAUUCUAAUCAGCCUGUUCAGUGAUGUUACUACAUGCCUCUGGAGCAGGUGGGACAUGAAAUCCAGACCGCCAAGCAUUGCACCACAAGAGGGCCUGAAAUCUUCAAAAUGGUGGCACCCAACAUCUGGCUCGAACCCACGACCAUUAACACCCGUCUGUACAAAUCAGUACUAUGGAGAACAAGAAAGGAGCUUCUGAAAGGAUCGUGUUAGAGCCUUACCACUACUUGCUUCAGUUGCCAGGCAAACAACUGAGAACCAAACUUUCACAAGCCUUUAACCACUGGUUGAAUGUCCCUGAAGAGAAAUUGCAGGUCAUCAUAGAAGUUACGGAAAUGUUACACAGUGCUAGUUUGCUGAUUGAUGAUAUUGAGGAUAAUUCUAAGCUGCGCCGUGGUUUUCCUGUGGCACACAGUAUCUAUGGUAUUCCAUCUGUCAUAAACUCUGCCAACUAUGUUUACUUUUUGAGUCUGGAGAAGGUGUUGACUCUUGACCACCCAGAGGCCAUUAAAGUCUUCACACAACAGCUACUUGAGCUACAUAGAGGUCAAGGCUUGGACAUCUAUUGGAGAGAUACAUACACAUGUCCCACAUUGGAAGAUUACAAGGCCAUGGUGCUACAGAAAACUGGAGGACUCUUUGGACUAGUUGUCGGCCUCAUGCAACUGUUCUCUGAAAAUAAAUCUGACUUGAAGCCUCUUCUUGACACACUGGGACUUUUAUUCCAAAUACGUGAUGAUUAUGGAAACCUAUUAGCCGCUGAAUACAAUGCAAACAAGGGGUUUGCUGAAGAUUUAACAGAGGGGAAGUUUUCUUUCCCCCUUAUUCAUGCUAUCUGGUCACAUCCAGAAAAUACACAAGUGCAGAAUAUUUUGCGACAGAGGACUGAAAAUAUAGAUGUAAAGAAAUACUGUGUGAGUUAUCUUGAAAAGGUGGGUUCUUUUGAUUACACCAGAGAAACACUCAAAAUGUUGGAAUCGGAAGCUUACAAAACUAUUGACUGUUUAGGAGGUAACCCACAGUUAGUAGCUUUAAUUGACCAACUUAGUCAAUUGUAUAAAGAGACAUAAAAUGGUUUCCUUUUUGACACUCCUGAUUCCUUUCUUGUACUCACUCCUUGCAUACAUGUACUUUGUCAUGAGUGCUUUUACUUGAUUUCUCUGUCAGUUCUCACUGUCUAGUGCACUCCUUUUUCAGUUCUUUUUCUCUUCUGGGAUUGCUGUCCUGUGAUCUGAUACAUGUACACUCAUUCAUGUCCUUGCUCCUGCAGUAUGAGUUUGAAAUAAUACUUCAGUUUGUGUUGAUUUUGUAAGAAUGUUAUGAUUCCACUUAAACUUAGCUGUUUCCACCUUGAAAAUGAUUAACUUUUUGGAUGAGCAAAUUUUUAGACGGAACUGUGAUUGUAAUUUAACACGCUGGUGUACAAUCAAGAAUAUAUCCAAGAGGACAAAUAUGAUGGUCCAGUCUCUGACCACUAUUUUGCAAGCAUGAUAUUUUACAGCCCCACCCUCACUCACCUUGCCUCCCAUUUUGAUGAUUGGAAGUGUUAGAGGCAAUCUCUCCUUUGGGUUCUUGCUGCACGAGAGUUUCACUGAUCUGAAAAUGCCCAUAUAGACCCAUUACUUUAAUGCUUGUCUUAAGAAUUUUCAGCAGAGUCUUAAGAGUCAUGAUGGGAGAUGUAAAGACAUUGGCUCUGCUCAGCUGAGCCAGGGCCUUGAGGUCUGUGAAGGCAAGAAUCUGAAGUAAUAGCAUUGAAUCAUCAGCAUUGAAAAGCAGUAUAUGUCACAUGCUACUCUGUUCUGCUGCACUCCUUGAGACUACAGAAGUUGCAGUGGAGCAGAAUAAUUAUUCUGCUGUUUGCUAUUAUAUAACUGAAAUGCUUGUAACUUGGCCUUUUAUGUCAAGAAAGAAUAGUGCUGGCUGACUGAACACAUAAACAAAUCCCCUUCCAGUUAGAUCCAGAAAGAUGAAAGGAUUGGUGCAUAUGAACUCAUUACAAUUGUGUAUUUUUAAGAUAAAUUCAGUUAAUUCCUGCUUGACUUGCCAAGUGUUUUUAUAGUAUCCUUUCUCUGGGUUUUCAAUCAAGUUAUUUAUUUGGAAUUAUUUCUGGCUUGUGCAAAUCCACUUCCAACAAAUAAGCAGUCAAGCCUUGUCACUGGCUUGCUUCAUCUUUGGAUAUUUGCCUUUUUGGAAGGAAUAGUUCAACUCCUUACUGUUGUUCUGGUCAAGUGUUGCUGCAUAACUUGCUUUGUGAGGCAUAUUGAGCUGCAGGCUUAAACCACUUAUUCUUGUGCUGUGGUAUCUGUCCACAUACUUUUGGAAGCAUUAACUAUAGAGAAAGGAGCUUAUCUCUCCUUGGGAAUUUGGUGUCAUAAUUGUGCACAUUUGUGUUUUAAAAUGAUUGAAGCAUGCAUGUUUCAAUGCUGUAUACUCUAUGCUAGCUAUCUGCCUUAAAAUCUGCACUGCAGACCCUACCCAACAAUACCAAAUUUCACCAUUUCCCACAAACCAGUAGUCAUAUGUUUCUUCCAUUUGGCAUUGAAAAUUGCUUCUAAAAACCAGCCAUACAGAUCAGCUCUGAGAAGUGGACUGCAAUUUAUAAGAUUGGUCCCCUUUGCCCAAGAUAGAAACAAGCCUUAUUUUUUUAAAAAUAAAAUUGGACUGUAGUCAAGAUCGCAGAGCUGGGGUCAAAACAACAACUGUUGGCAAAUGUGUGGCUAUUUGAUCAGGACUAGAAGGUCAGAUUUCUUGUGUAAUCAUCAACCAGCCUUGUAGAAUUGAGAGCUGGUGCUUGGAGAUGUCCAAGCGAUUAUGGGUUAAUGAGCUGAUCAACUACAACUUCAGACCCACUUUGAAAUCUAGCAUCACUAAUACAUUUAACAAAACCCAUGCAAGUUAAUGAUUGUGUAACUCCAGAUUUUAGUGGUGAUAAACUUAAGUACAAGGGAUAUUGUAGAUUGUCAUUGCCAUUUUUUCAAGAUAACCAUCUUGCUUUACUCCUGAUUAAAACUUGUUGGGUGUAGAAAACACAGCUUAUUUUAAGAGACUUUCCACACUGCCAUAUGAAUGGGUGGUUGGAUGUCCUCUUUUUGGCUGUUGUAGUAUGUAUUAUAAAAGAACUGUUUUAGUCCCUCUAUUAUUAAUACUAUAUUUUGUUUCGGGUCGGUGUGUUAUUUCUUAAGGGUUGGCUGAUUGUUCAAUUAUUUCUAGGUUCUAACUUGUAAAGAGCUUGAGCCUCCAUUUUGGAAUUGGAAGGCAGUCAUUGUCCUUGUAAGACUGAUGAAGGGACUUCUAAGUUCAGUAAUCAUAUGCUUAAAGUUCUGCGGCCUUUUUUAUGAUCGAAAUCAUGUAUAACUGGCUUCCCAAUGUUUCAGCUGCCAUGGGAAAUCAUUUAGCCAUGUUUCUGCUGACCUCUGGACUAUGCUGACAUUGCAAAACCGCUUUUUUAAAAACUUGAUGUGAUUAAUUCAGUUCUUCAACUCCAGAUUUCUGGUAUUUUCUCCAGAGAAAAUUAGCCACACACCAGAUAAAUAAUUAUGCAACAACAGUGUUUUAAAAUUAACCUGUUUGUCAACCUAACCCAUCCAGUGGUUAAUGUUUUGAGUAUUUUAGAUUGUUCAGAGGAAGAUUCAUCUCAGUUACAUAGAGUUCACAGCCCAGAAGAGAGUUAAUGGUUAAAUAAGUCCAAGUAAGCCUUUGUUCCUCUUGAGCUGCUUUCCAUCCUUUGUCAUUGAACUUGAUCAAUGUAACACUUCCCAUUUUCUUUUGCAUUUACUUUUAAAAGGAAACUAUCUUUUUAUUGUUCAGCUAUUCUAUGGUAGCCAUUCCAUAUUCUCAUCACUUUCUAGGUAGAAAUAUCUUCUGAAUUUUUUGAUUCCUUGGUGACUAAUUUGACAUUAACAGCAUAUUGUUUUUUUCCCUUCCACAAGUGAAAAUACUGUCUUUUCAAUUGAAACUUCCAUCAUUCUUCAUUGCCUCCUAGAAGUCAUCCUUCUUGGACCUUCUCUUUGGAGAAAAAGUAUGUUUCUAAAUUUGUAAAAUGUCCCAAGGUACUUUAUAGGAUGAUUGUCAAAUAUAGUUUCAGUCAGCUACGUUGAGACAUUAAGACAGGUGACUCAGGAACCUGCAUUUAUGAAGAACCCAAACUUGUCAAUCUUUCUGCAUGUUGUGAAAGCUCCACAUCAAUGGCGAAAAGAUUAUGACAGCAGAGCAGAAUUUUGGAUGAUAUAUUCAAGAUGUUUAAAAUUUUUCAAAAAUUUGGUAGGGACCCUAUUUUUAACCAAUCAUGGUUUCCAUAACAAGAACAUUUUCUGAUUAAUGACUAACUAUUCAGAUAGUUGGGUGCGGUGUGAUGGGGAAGGCAAGUUAAUCAUUUGGAGCUUCAAUACAUUUUAAUUAGUAAGUCAGGGUAUUAACAGAUAAAUAGCGAAGUCUAUUAAAUGGAAGAGCAAUACAAUUUUGGCAGAUCAAAUUUUGAGGGACUACCUGAUCAGCUCCUAUUUCUGUAUUUGCAUGUAAUGAAUAUGUUCUGUACCUAUUUUGUAUUAAAAUCUGGGUUAUGACCUUUAUCCUUGGAGGUGGAGACUGACCCUCUCCACUACUGUCCUGUCCUUUUUAAGUUUCCAUAACCACAUUCACAUUGUAAUUUUCUUGAUGAUUAUUUGUGUAUACUAGUCAUUCUUUUAUCUGCUUUUUCUAAGACUUCUGAGAAAUCCCAAUUUAUCUAAAUAGGGAUGUUAAAUGCUAUGGUAAUUGGCUGUGCUCACUUAGAUUUAUAUGGAAUUUAACCAGUAUCUCAAGUCUUGAUUCUUCUGGUCCAGAAUUUAUACCAAGUACCACUGUUUCUAAAAACGUUCUUUGCUUUUUAAAAAUGACGGCUGUUAUUAGUGUAAACAAAUGCUUGAUGUUUGCUGUCUUUCAAUAGUGCAUUUUACUAAUUAUGGAGUAAUUUUCAGAUUCCUUAUGUUUUGGUGUUUUUACAAUUAUGUAAAGAGAACAUUGUCAAUUAAAAUGAAUUUGUGAAUUAUGGUUUUUUAUUUUUUCCCCUUUGGAUAGAAGUGUAACUGCUACCAUUUAUAAUUUAGAAUUUGUAAUUGCAAUGGUGUUUGAGGUGGCUGGGGGAGAUUGUGUUUUUGUGUAUCAGAAAUGAUUCCGAAUAACUAAUAAUAACUGUUCACCCUUGGACGUGACAAUGAGAUUAUAAAUGAGAACUUCUGUGCUUUGCACCCUGAGUUUUACUUCAUUGAGAUCUACUUUUGGUUACAUACUUUACACAAGUGUUGGUCCUUUUUAUUCCUAUUCGUCCUGCUUGGUGUUGUAAUUGGAAUUCAAGGCAUAUACUCAGUUGUCUCCUGUUCUUAGGGCUAUGUGGAGAAAGUGGGAAACAGGAUACUGAGUUGGAUGAUCAGCGAUGAUCAUUGAAUGGUCAAGUAGUCACACAGGGUUGAAUGGCCUAUUUCUGCUCUAAUUUCCUCUGUUUCAACUUGACAUACUAAUUACAAAGGCCUUUUUAACACCACAGAACAUAGAAUUCAGGGUAAGAUAUGAGAGUCGGCAAUGUGCUUUGAGUUGGUGACUUGUGCUCAAGUGCAUGUAAGUUGACUUAGUGUUUGUGAGAUGGAUUAUAGUUAGUGCUUAGGAUAUUAAAAGGUCAGUAUUUUGAGGCUUGGAACUGAUUCUUAGACUGCAUUUUGGUGUUAAUUAUUUACAGUCCAUGCAGCUACUGCUUUAGAGUAUUAAUGAUUCAAAACCAAUGGUAAACAUAUUUCACUCAAUGUUAAACAAGUGGUUGCAUGAUUUUAGGGUGGUGGGGCUGGUUCAACCAAGUUUUUUUUAUAUAAAGGACUUGGAAUGUGGUGCGCUAUAAGAUUUGCAGUUGAUAUAAAACUUGGCAACGUGUACUGUAUUGUGACAGGGUUCAGGAUGACAGAUGAUUGAAUGGCAAAAGCAUGCCAAAUAGAAUUCAGUGCAGACAAGCAUUAAGUUUUUAUGAAAGGAUAAUAUGGAAAGACAAUACUUUAAAAAUUGUGACUUUGAAAAGUCUGGUUCACACAGAAGGUUGACAGCUAGAGUUUCUUAGGACUACAAACAAAGCACAAUAUAAAUAGGAUUGUGUUAGAAAUUUAUAAAUUGUGUGGUUAAGCUUCUGUUCUGGAGCACUGGAUCACUUUUGGGCAGCAUGAUUCAGUGAAGAUUUGAAGGCAAUAGACAAAGCAUUGAGGAAAUUUAUUUAGGAUGUUAGGGAAUCAGGACUAUCAAUUAUGAUAAGGUGGGAAGGUUCAAGGCCAACAAUCUGAAAUGAGAAGGUAGUGUUGAGGUAGAGGUUUUCUACGUGAUUUUUGGUAGUGUAGAUGGGGAUGAAUGAUCCCUUUUGGCAAAUGUGCCAAUGACCAGAGUUAAUUUAAAAUGAGUGACUAAGAUCUAGAAUUUUUUCACUGACUUGUCAGGAUCUGGAAUCCCUGCUGAAAAGUGGUGAAAAGUCAUUCCGUAUGUAAUUUUAAACUGGAUUUGGGCAGAUUCUCAUGCUUGAGGAACUGACAGUAUUUUAGCUCUGGGCUUGAGCAUGACUGCUCUUCAAGUUUUUGAGAAGACUUGUAGCUCUGGUUGUGGAUGAGGUUGUAGACUUGCUGAGCCAGUGUUUUUGAUUGUAGUUGUUCAACACCCUGCUAGGUAACAUUCAGUGCAGCUCUGGUAAAGCGUUGGUGUUCUGUUGGAAGUGAUACCAACCGCCCCAGCAAACCGAGGCAUAUACAUACCAAGCAGGACAGAACACCAAUGCUUCACUGGAGGCGCACUGACUAUGUUACCUAGUUGGGUGACAAAGCGUUUGCAAUCUCUCACACCCAGCUCGGCGAGCAUGACUGUCUUUUUGCCAAGGUCUGAAUGGCACCCAUCUGUGCUGUAAGUAAUUCUGUAAUGUAAGUGAUGCUACCCUCCUGAGUUAGGUAUUUAGCUGUGGGCUGACAUGUUCUUGGCCACCUGAAGUAGCAUUUGUCCUGUGUAGUAACUGACGGAGUGCUGCAUUGUCCAUUAGACUGUUUUUCAGAUUGAAUGUUCAACAAGCUCUGCCCACCAUCUUGGGGGAACCUAAAAUAUAUUAUGACACUCAUUUCAAAGAACAUUGUAGUUUUACCAGUCGAUUCACCAACAAUUAGCCCUUAAUGUUGCUUAAAUAUUGUUUAAGUUUUUUCACUGUGCUGUUCUGUUUAAAUGGCUUGCUGAUAUUAUGAACACUUAUUUAAGUACUGUGUUGUCUUUAAAGCACUUUUUUCACUGUCAGUUGGUUUUAAUGUUAUUUAUUUUGCAAUCUGAAAAGAAUCCAUCUACAAGAUGCACUGCAGAAAUUCAUAGGUCCUGAGACGACAUCACAUGCAAGUUUCCUUCUGAGCCACUCGCCAUCCUGACUUAGAAAUAUAUUGCUGUUCCUUCACUAUUGCUGGGUCAAAAUCCUGGAAUUCUCUCCCUAACCACAUUGUGGUUCAACUCUCAGCAUGUGGACUGCAGCAGUUCAAGAAGGCAGCUCACUGCCACCUUUUCCAGGGCAACUAGGGAUAGGUAAUGGGAAAUUGUCAGAAAUACUCAGCAGGUUUGGCAGCAUCUGUGAAGAGAGUUAACAUUUCCAGUAACUCUAGGUUCUGAGGAAGAGUCAUGGAUCUGAAAAGUUAACCGCUUUCUGUCCACAGAUGCUGCUACACCUGAGUGUAGCAAUUUCUGUUUUUGUUUGAUUUCCAGCAUCUGCAGUUAUUUUCUGACGGGCAAUAAAUGCUGGCCAACUAGUGAUGCCCACAUCCAUGAAUGAAUUGGAGGGAAAACUGUCAUAAUUGCAUUCUGUAAAAAUAAAAUCUUAUGUUACUAUC